AUGCCUUUUUUGCCAAGAAGACGCAGAUCAACUAGAGUGACCAUACCUACCCUUCUGCUGCUUCUACUUUUCGCUGUCCAUUUUUAUUUCUUUACCACUGGGUUUUCUACAACGUGUACACGAUCUGAUGGAGAAGUUGUUCAUAAGCCGCAACGUAGCAGUCUGACAACAAGGAGUUUAGUCGUGAAUUGUCUAAAUCAAGAUCCGGGAUGUUUUAAAACAAACUUGACAAAAGGAAGCAACAGUGAGGUUUUUAAUCAUAAAGUAGAGCAAGUUGAAAAUGUAGCACAGAAAAUAAUAUCAAAGAAUAGCGGCUUACUCUCUAAUCUGAGUUCAAAGACAACAGAGUUUAAAGAGUACCCGGGAUAUUUUGAGAACUUCACGUAUUUUCAACUCAAUAGGUCACGUGUGUCGGACAUUCCUAGCCAGUAUUCGAUCCCAGGUGCGUCCGUGUGUUCAGGUGAUGUUGACCUGUUGGUGAUGAUUAUGAGCGUUAAACAGCACAGUGACUGGAGGCUACUCAUACGUCAGACAUGGGCGUCACCAAUUUACGACAAGUCCUGGAGCCAAAAAGGUUUGGUUCGAUUGGUCUUUUUCUUCGGGAAUGAAGGCUUCACAGAUGUAGAGAAUCUUGCAUUGUACAACGAAUCCAAACUUUAUGGGGACAUCGUUGUGGCAAGUUUUAAAGACAGCUACGGGAACUUGUCAUUAAAGUUAGCCACGGCUUUGACUUGGGCGUCCAAACAUUGCCCACAUGCUAAAUUUGUUGCUAAAGUGGACAUGGACACCUUUGUCCUACUACCAACUCUGAUGGAACUUCUCCAAACAAUAUCACACAACCACACGGAGUUUAUCCUAGGGUUCCAGCACCGAUACAUCAAACCUCUUGUGCGGCGUAAAGGCAGAUGGGCGGUGACGAAUGAAACUUACCCCUACUUUUACUUCCCUAAGUACAUCUACGGACAUUCCUACGUGAUAUCUGGUCCCGCGGUUCACAAAAUGGCUGCGAGCUUUCCCUUUGUUCACAUCGUUCCUAACGAGGACGCGUUCAUCACAGGUAUCAUGGCCGUCACGUUAAACAUCACCAGACUGGGCAAUCCUACCUUUGCCUACAGCUUAAAGAAAUAUAAAAUUUGUGAUUUGGUUUACGGAUAUUUUGUUACGGCGAUAUACAAGAAAAUUUUCUUGAAAGAAAUAUGGACGAAUGUACUAAAUAAGAACUGUUCUUCAGUAGUGAUUAAUUAA